UUCUAACACUGUAAGUGGAAAUUUCGAGUUGAGGUUAUAUUGUAGUCUAAAACUUAAAAUAGAUAUAAAAUAAAUGAAAUGGCGUUGAAUAGAUUAUUUGCUGGUCUGGCCAUUACUCCUAAUUUAAUUUCAAGGAGAGCUAUACAUGUAGCAGCGGUAAACUUUGCUAGUCAGCCAGAUAUCGACAAACCUAAACCUGGUUUGGGCAAGAGUUACAGGCGAAUUGUGCAUUUUCCUAAAGAAUAUACUGUUAAACCUCUUGAAGUUACAAACCUAGCUGGUAGAGACCCAGUGUCCGGUAGAGUUAUUGCAAAGGGUAUUGGGGGUGGUAUCAAACACAAAUUUCAUUGGAUUGAAUGGCUCAGAGAUGGACCUAAAGAGGGACCACCACAGGAAGAAAAAGUUAUUCAGGUAAUGGAAGAUGGUUGUAGAACAGCACAUAUAGCUUUAGUUGCUGUUGGUGACAAACUCAAAUAUAUUCUAGCCACAGAGAAUAUGAAGGCAGGUGAUAUCAUCAAGACUUCUCGGGAACUGCCUAGGAAUCCAGUGAGAGCAAAUGAAGGUGAUGCUUAUGUAUUAGGAGCUUUGCCUAAUGGAACAAUUGUUCAUAAUAUUGAAAAAGAACCAGGUGAAGGUGCUCUUUACAUACAUGCUGCUGGUACAUUUGGCACUAUUCUGCGGAGACAAGAUGAUCGCAUCAUUGUACAAAUGCCUUCAAAAAGACUGUUCAGCUUUGAUCAGCAUUGUAUGGCAGUUGUAGGUCGUGUUUCGAAUGUGGACCACGGAGACACUCCGAUCGGUUCACCGCAGCGCAACAGAUGGCUCGGCAACAGACCUCGCUCCGGUCUAUGGCAGAGAAAAUCCGGUCGACACGGAAGAAAGAUCAAACCUCCGAAACCAGUCAAAGAAAUCUGUGCACCAGGGAAAAAGGCCCUGCCAACUAUCAACCUGUCUAUGCACCCUUAACGUAAUAUUGUAGAAAUAAAUAUAAUUUAGAUGUUUUCAAAA